AAUUGUGAAUGUAAGUUGUCAUGGAGGUGGCUACGCAUAUGUUUGGCGGACGCCAUGUUGAACCACUUCUACCCAACAUUACUCCUUCUCUAACUAUGACAAACGACGUAACGCCUUUGAAAAGUGCUGCUCCGGCGAAGGAAGAUCACGCCGACAACACGUCCAAGCAAUGCGAUCAAAGCAAGAACAACUCAGACAGCGACAAAGCUGUAAAACAGAAACGUCAUCGGACUAGAUUUACACCGGCGCAAUUAAACGAACUUGAAAGAUGUUUUGCAAAGACUCAUUACCCAGAUAUUUUUAUGAGAGAGGAGAUUGCUCUAAGAAUCGGUCUGACUGAAUCGAGAGUUCAGGUUUGGUUCCAGAAUAGACGAGCUAAAUGGAAGAAGCGCAAGAAGACAACCAACGUUUUUAGGACGCCUGGAGCUUUACUUCCUUCAGCCGGUCUCUCGCCUUUCUCGAUGCACGAUUCUAUCUUUCCAGCUCCCCCACCACCAACCGAUGCUCGGUGGGGUGCAGCUCCCUUUCAGACGACUUUACCACCGAUGAAUGGAACCUGUGGUGGAUCACCAAUGCCUCCUCCACCUCCAACGGCUGUUUAUAAUCAAUAUCCGGUCGUCUCGCAAUGUCCCGAUUUGACGUCAUGCGCAUCACCCACUCAAGGCGUUCAUUCCGAUCCAACGUCGCUAGUGUGCGACGCCUGGAGAGGCUCUAGUAUCGCACAAUUGCGCAGGAAAGCCUUGGAACAUAGUGCAUCGAUGGGUCACAGUGGAUUUCGUUAGUUGAUGU